AAACUCAUUGAUCAUGAAGCGGCUCUUUAUGCAGCUUCAGCCUGCGGUUACUCUCUCGCUCAUGUGAUGGAGACCACGCUCUGUGCCUGACAACAAACGGCAGCUCUUUGAUGCUGGAUGCGCGUUCGGGAUGGACGUGUGCUGUAGGAACCCGAACCGGACGGCGCCGGUCGGUGAGGACGGCCCACGGCGAGCUGACGUGCUGCUCUGCUCUCGGACCAACGGUUGGAGCUGGCCUCCGCACCCCUUUCAGCUGCUCGCCUGGCUGCUCUACAUCUACUUUGCCGUCACCGGGUUCGGCAUUUUCGUCCCCCUGCUGCCUGCACACUGGAUCCCUGCGGGCUACAUCUGUACGGGCAUCAUGUUUGUGUGUCACCUGUUUGUCCACGUCAUGGCCGUGUCCAUCGAUCCAGCCGACUACAAUGUCAGAGCGAAGAGCGUCCGAGGCCCGGUCCCCGUGUUCGACCGCUCCAAACACGCGCACGUCAUCGAGAACUGCCACUGCUACCUGUGCCAGGUCGAAGUGGGACCGAAGUCGAAACAUUGUAGCGCCUGUAACAAGUGUGUGGCGAACUUCGACCAUCACUGCCGGUGGCUCAACAACUGUGUGGGCAGCAGGAACUAUAAGUUGUUCCUCCACAGUGUGAUCUCAGCUCUUUUGGGAGUUUGUCUCAUUCUUGUUGUCGCCUCCUACGUCUUCAUCGAGUUCUUUCUGGACCCCACUAAACUCCGCACCGACAAACACUUUCUGGUGUUAUCUGCAGGCGGAGAGUCCACAUCCGCAGCAGAGGGAGGAAGAUCAGGAGAGGUCUGGGGAAAUGUAUGUUUACUUAUGUGUGUUUCAGUGUGGAACAGGCUCAGUACGUACGAGUACAUAGUGAGGCAGCGCCACCGUGUGGACAACAGAGACUUGAGGAAACCGGGAUCUGUGAAAGAGACAGCAGCUCCUUCAGUCCUCAAGGAUGUGAACUACUCAGGGACUCUGGGUUACACCAACCCUCAGCUGGACGUGCAGGAGCCUACUGCUGUGGCCGUGCGAGGAGAGGCAGAGUUCCUGGCUAAUGGUAGAGUGAGGACUAUGUCCAGUCCUGUCAUGGAGGAAGAAGCUCCGCCCACUGUCUCUUCAGAGAUGAAAGCCAUAGCGGCACACACACAUCGACACACACAGAAGAAAAAGAAGAAGAAGGUACGUAAAGUCCCAGCAGAGGUGACCAGAGAGCGCUGCCCAGCCACAGCCCCGCCUCCCGCAGAGCCCAGCAAUGUGUCCACUGUGUCCUUGGGUCAGCGGCUUCCAUUCCCAGCAUUCCCCCUGAGGGCCACACUGCCCCCCCUGGCCCCCACAUCAGGCCCCGUCCAGGCUGCCGCCCCUCCCGCCGAGUACCACUCAGAUUCUGCUGAGUCUCUGGAGGAGAUCCCGGUGGCGUUGGCCAAACUGGGCUCUUCGGCCUCUGCUGCUACAGCAGACGCGUCUUCACACAGGCCUGUCCCGGCAUUCCCUCUGCCCUCACCACAGCCCAGGACUAAAAGGAAGGGCGCCUCCUCCCGCGCUAAGAACGCGGCGGAGCUGAGGUUCGAGAUGGCCACCACGCACCCUCCCUCAGUGUUCGUUAGCCGGGCCAGCGGAGAGGCCGCCGAGCCCCUAGAGGAAGUCCUCAGCCUGGGCAGGAGGAAGACUGGACUGAGGCCCAGACCCGGGUCCAGACCAGCGUCCCGGGCAUCGCUGGGCUCAGGCGCUCCCUCUUGGAUGGAGCAGUAACAAAGCAGACUGCUACUCUUUAUCUUUUUACAAUCACUUACUGGCACAACUAUUUUACUUUUAUUCUGAAGGGUUUAUAUUGCUCUAUUUAUUGAUUUGCUUUAAUUUUGAAAGCCAAAGCUGACUUCCUGUUUAGGUCUCGGUAAAUGAAGUGUUUGUGGAUGUAUGUGUGUCUGUUCCUGUGGAGACUUUAUGGACACCUCCCUAUUGUUUUUUACUGUUUCCUGUCAAUCGGUCCUCUGCUACUUAACCUGGUCUCCAUGGUAACUCUGGGCCACAGAGACACCAGGUGCUUAAGAGUUUAAAUUUGAACCCCAAAAAGGCCAAUAACGAGUCAAUGAAGUCAUCAGUAACUAAUCCGAUAAGUACCACUAAGCUAGAAAAUGAAGCUCAAAGCUUCAGCAAUCACAUCUCAUCUUAUUUAUCUUAUGUUAAAUCUGUAAUUUGGAUUUUCUGACACGCGUCAUUUUUCAGCCAAUCACAAAUGCUUUAAACGUCUGCCGGUUGUGUAGCUUCCACCCGCUGCUACACUGCAAACUGCGACACCAGGUUGAAUCCUAUUAAAGGAGCACUUCAGCAUUUAGUUCAUUCCAGAUAUCGAACAUCUGAAUUAGUGAUCUUUAAUUUUCUUAACUGGAAGCUAACAGGCUGUUGCUGCGUAGGUAGUGUGCAGCGUGGGGGCGGGAUCAGAGAAAAUGUCACCACGUAGCUCUUUCAGCCGUCACGUCUGAAUGAAGCAGCAUAAAGACAUGAAAGCUUAGAACGGCUCUUUCUUAACAGGAAUCACGUUUUUCAGUAAAUGUUGAACCGCUCCUUUAAACGUUUCAUUUUCAGACUCCUCCUGAAGUCUGUGCAGCUGGACAUGCUGAGGAUGCUUCACCUGUCAGCUGAUUUAACAAUAAAGAACGGAAGCUGGUGCAUUUGUUACACGUUUAUAUCCAGAUGCUGGUCCGGAGAUUUAAUUCUUCUUCAUUUGCUGCACUUUCAGCUGUGCCUGCUUGUUCAUUCCUGAAGAGUCAUGACAGCAACUGGGUUUUCACACCAGAGCCACAGUAAUUAAUUGAUUAAGAAGCCUAAAAUCAAUCAAUGAAUUCAUAAAAAUCUUCUGUAGCCUUAUCAACACACAUGACUACGAUAAAGCAUUAAGCUGCAAAUUUUGGUUUUGUAUGUAAAUGAGUAAUCCAUCCACAUAAAAAGAAGAAAUUAAAUGCAAAUGAAGAUUUAAGCUUGUAUCCUGCUAACAAAGCACUCAGAGUAUAGAAACAUGUAUAUAAAAGAUGGGCACACACCAUGACAUCACUCUGUUCUGUGAACCUUUUUCUCACUGUUUUAAGCUUUGAUUUGAGCAUU